CCAGGCUCCUCUCCUUCAUUGUCCCUCCCUUCCUAGCUGGUGCCUGUGUGGGUGACCAUGUCUGUCUUAUCCUCCCCAGGUGACCAGGCAUUGAUGCACCCCCGGGAAGUCUGCGCGCUCAAGGAGGCCACCCCUGCUGGCUGCUGCUCACAUGGUUUCUGGGCCCCUGGCACUCCGGUGGUGUGCGUGGGCAGGGCGAGGGGACAUGGGGCCCGAUAUGGAGCUGCCCAGCCACUCGAAGCAGCUCCUGCUGCAGCUGAACCAGCAGAGGACCAAGGGCUUCCUGUGUGAUGUCAUUAUCAUGGUGGAGAACUCCAUCUUUCGGGCCCACAAGAAUGUCCUGGCUGCCAGCAGCAUCUACUUCAAAUCCCUGGUCCUGCAUGACAACCUCAUCAACCUGGACACAGAUAUGGUCAGCUCCACGGUGUUCCAGCAGAUCCUGGACUUCAUCUACACAGGCAAGCUGCUGCCCAGUGACCAGCCGGCCGAGCCCAACUUUAGCACCCUCCUCACUGCCGCCAGCUACCUCCAGCUGCCCGAGUUGGCAGCCCUCUGUCGCCGCAAACUCAAGCGAGCCGGCAAGUCCUUUGGCUCUGGACGGGUGGGGGCCGCUGGCAUGGGGCGGCCUCCCCGCGGCCAGCGGCUAUCCUCGGCUUCUGUCAUCCAGGCUCGGUAUCCGGGGCUUGCAGAUGGGCGCAAGGGGGCCCAUACCUCUCAGGAGCAUCCCCAGGCCAAAGGCUCAGAUGACGAGAUCUUCCUGGGUGGCUCCACCCAGGAGAGCACACAUGGCCUGGGCCGGGCUGUCUGCCCAGCCAGCGGGGAGGCGGGCCUGGGUGGCUGUAGCAGCAGCACCAAUGGGAGCAGUGGGGGCUGCGAACAGGAACUGGGCCUGGACCUAUCCAAGAAGAGUCCCCCUGUGCCCCCUGCAACCCCCGGCCCUCACCUCACCCCUGACGACCUGGCCCAGCUGAGCGAUAGUCAGCACGACUCACCCCCCUCGGCCUCUGCCCCUCCUGUUGCCAACAGUGCCUCUUACACCGAGCCGGGGGGCACCCCCAAUGAGCCCAUGGAUCUGGAGGGGGCCGAGGACAACCACCUGAGUCUGUUGGAGGGGCCUGGUGGGCAGCCUCGGAAGAGCCUCCGGCACUCAGCCCGCAAAAAGGAGUGGAGCAAGAAAGAGCCUGUGGCUAGCUCCCCCUUUGAGCAGAGAGAAGCAGGGCCCAAGGGCCCCUGCCCCGGGGAAGAGGGCGAGGUGCUUGGGGACAGAGUUCCCAAUGGCAUCCUGGCCAGCGGCGUUGGCGGGAGUGGCCCCAGUGGGCCCUAUGGGGAGCCCCCAUACCCCUGCAAAGAGGAGGAGGAGAACGGCAAGGACGGCAGUGAGGACAGCACGCAGAGCGGGAGUGAGGGGGGCAGCGGCCACGCUGGCGCCCACUACAUGUACCGGCAGGAGGGCUAUGAGACGGUGCCCUACGGCGACAACCUGUACGUGUGUAUCCCCUGCGCCAAGGGCUUCCCCAGCUCUGAGCAGCUCAACGCCCACGUGGAGACGCACACAGAGGAGGAGCUGUUCAUCAAGGAGGAAGGGGCCUACGAGACCGGCAGCGGGGGUGCCGAGGAGGAGGCUGAGGACCUGUCUGCGCCCAGCGCUGCCUACACGGCUGAGCCCCGACCCUUUAAGUGCUCAGUCUGCGAGAAGACCUACAAGGACCCAGCCACCCUGCGGCAGCAUGAGAAGACGCACUGGCUGACGCGGCCCUUCCCAUGCAACAUCUGUGGCAAGAUGUUCACGCAGCGUGGCACCAUGACGCGCCACAUGCGGAGCCACCUGGGCCUGAAGCCCUUUGCCUGUGACGAGUGUGGCAUGCGCUUCACCCGCCAGUACCGCCUCACCGAGCACAUGCGCGUGCACUCGGGUGAGAAGCCCUACGAGUGCCAGCUCUGCGGGGGCAAGUUCACCCAGCAGCGCAACCUCAUCAGCCACCUGCGCAUGCACACCUCCCCCUCCUAGAAGCCAAAGACCCGGGGCACCCUCUGCAGACUCGCCUCUCGGGAACCCAGCAAAGGAGAAGCAAGAAAGGAGAUG